AUGCCUGGGCAUCAUGCUCACACGAUGGGGUCCCUGGAGCCAGCCUGGGCGUAUGCAUGGCGCGCUCUUGUCGGCCCUUUGGUAUCAUCGGUUGAACCCCUUGUGUGCAGGACCUUACGCCUGUAUCGGGGAUUGCGCGGUAGGGGCGGGUCCGGGCCUGGGAGGGACCCGCCCCGGGCAGCAGCAGCGGCGGAGGCGGAGGCAUCUUUGGCCCCGGCUUCGCCCGGUUCACCAGCAAGCCAUGAAACAGGAGGCCUUACGCCGUUGACAUUGCUGCCGCCGCCAUUGCAACCGCCGGCGGUGUCCCUACCAGCGCCACAGGGGCCGCCGCAGGGGCCGCCACCUCCACCGCCGCAUCACCAGGAGCAGCAACGUCGUCUCCAAAUCGUGGAGGGCCCAUGUCAGCCUACAGCCGCAGGGCUCACGGGCGCUGCCACCGCCUCCGACGGCCAUAGCCGCAACUGCACCGUCAGGUCCCGCAGUGCGGCAGUGCCUGCAUGCACCGGCCUGAGAACCAGCUUGGUGCUCUGUCCGGCGGUAUGGCCUGAUGGCUGCGGACGGGCGGGCAGGUGGAAGGGCCCCGGGCACCGCAGCAGAACCCCAAAUGCCUGUGUGCUGCCUUCGCUCUUCCUUCGCCAGUACUGUUCGGAUGCCCCCGGCUCAGUUGCAGGGGGCAGCAACGGCGAUAGUGGCCGUGUGCAGGGCCCGUCCACCGGGAGAUGGUCGACGGUGCAGCGCCCGGCGAGGGCCUUGACGGCUGCGGCGGCGGCGAUGGCGGAGGCUGCGCUGACCCCGGUGGGAUUGGAGUGUCUGACGGCGCUGUACAGGACUCUGGACGCUACCCACGGGGUGAGGAAAGCGUUGCCGCCUCUUAGUUCCGUGAUCCUCACCGCCACGCGAAGUGCUAAGUCCGGCAAGCCGCUAGACACGGACCCUGCCGCCGGCACCGGCAUCGAAGGCGCAGAUGCUGCCACCGCUGCCACUGCGACGGAUAUUCGUGGCGGCGGCAAGGGUCGUGGCAAAGGUGCGGCUUCGGGGUCAGGGCCGGUGGAAGCGGUACAGCAGCAGCAGCAGCUGCUGCGGGCAGCUGUGGAGGCGAUGGUGGGUCCAAUCAGCGUGCGGAUAGCUCGCGCUCACCCGCACCAGCAGUGCGCCCUGCUGGCACGGUUGGUGGAGGCGGUGUACGGCGCUGUAGGUUCGUCGCCAGUGGAGGCGGUGUGCGGGCUGGCGCAGCAGCUGGCAGCAAGCCCGGAGUUUGCGGACCCCAACCCGCCUGCGGCAGCCGCACAGCUCUCCGGCGCGCUGCCACAACACCACCAACACCAACACCACCAGCACCAACAACAGGCGUUUGAAACCACAGAGCAGCAGUCGCAGCACUUGCAGCCCCAAUCAAAGCACCAGCCAUAUUCGACACAGCCUUCUCCACCGCAGCCCACUCCAGCGCAGUGGGGAUUGCCUUUACCGCCGUCGCCGACGUCACCGCAGUUGUCGUGUAUUCGUGAGCGGGACCUCAUUCACGCGGCCCUGGCGCCCAUUGUGUCGGCCCUGCCACCCGCCAGCUUUCCACCGGAGGUGCUGGUAUCCCUGCUGCGGCAGAAGCGCAGCCUGCCAGUUGAUGAUGCCGCCGGCGCAGCGGCUGGGACGGCAAGGGCCCCUGUCCAUUCCGAGGCGGUACGGCUCUUCUGCUCCCUGUUACGUGCCGAGUGGCACCAUCGGCAGCUGAGUACGCGCCAUGAGGGCGGCGGUGGCGGCGGUGGCGCCGUGGAGGCGCUGGUCCUGGGAAUGGUGUUGGCGGAGCAGCAGUCGCCGGGACUGCUGUUCGGCCCUGCCUGGCGCGGCGGCUCGUUGGAGCUCAGUGCCGGGCUGCUGGCCACCCUGGAGCAACUAGGCUUCCGGCCGAGCCGCCAGGGCUGCGUGGACUUCCUGGCGCUUUGCCUGAGCGGCUGGCGAGCAGCGCAACCGCCCCAACCGUCGCUGUCACAGUUGCCGGGCCCAACUACCACCGCUACAACUACCCGCUCCGAAACAACCGCACCGGAUGUUCCCGCCGCUGACAUCACACCAGCAGAUGCUGGAAGCUUCUCUAGCCACAGCCUACCUCCAGCUCUUUCUCGUCCUUCUCAGCUUCAUCUUUCCAUUGGCGGCCUGGGCUUGGGGGGUAGCGGCGUCGCAGCGGCAGCGGCAGCAGAUCCGGCACUCGCGCGCGUAGUGGUGCGGGUGCUGCUGCGACUGGGCUAUUAUGAGCACCUGGCAAUGGAGAGGCUGGUGGUGGUGGCGAGCUGCCGCAGGGACGGGACACCGCUGGACGUGGACCGCCUGCGACUGCUGCGGCAGCUACAUGAAGGAGGAGCAGAGACUGCGGCCAGCGGGACCAGGACAUCGGAGCAGCUGCCGACGGUGUUUCUGGAGGACCUGGUGGCUCUAGGAGUACGGUACGGCUGCAGCGCCUGGUCCGGAGAGCCCCUCUCGCGACCCCCGGAGUCCCCUACGGCCCCCGCAGUCCGCACCCGCCACAGCCCAUCCAUCCAACACCAUCAGCAUCGGGAGGAGCGGGUGCAACAGUGCGAACAGCCCAAACUCUCCGUGCCAACAUCCGCUGCUGGCGUGCCGCCGGUGGCGAGCCUAGUACUACUGACCGCCGCCAACGCCGAGAUCAGCUCGCAUGGAGAGAUGCGUGAUGGACAAGGGAGGUACAUGGGUCCUGAGGCCGCGGACGCGAUCGACGGAGAUGCCGUGGUCGCGGAAAUUGAGCGCCAGCUGUUGCCCGCCUCACAAAACCGCAGCGGGAGACCUAGUUCUAAUCGCGGUUCGAGCCUAACGGAAACUCGAUUGGGCUGCCACCAGCCGGGGCUGCGGAAGCCAGAUGAGGAGCAGGAGGACCGUCUAGCUGUGGGCUGCCUGGCAGAGGCCUCCAGGCUACUGAAAGACGCCAUGGGCUGGUCGAAGCGGCUUAAGCGCGUCGGCAGUGGCGAUGGUGGGGCUAUUCUUUUGGAGCAGGUGGUGUAUCCGUCCAUUGCGAACGUGGAGGAGCUGGCGGUGGCGCAGCUGACGGCAUCGGUGCUGGCGGCUGCGCCCCCGCCGCUGCCGCCGCCGUCUCCAGCACACACGGCGGGUGCGGCGGCGAACAUGGCCGAAGCGGCGGCGACGGGAGAGUCUAGCCGGGGGCAGAAACCGGUAGCGGCAGCGGCGACGGCAAUGGAGGUGGCGCGGAGUGACGUCGCGGCGGAGCAUGCGCCUGUGCCACUAUUUCCUGCGCCGGCUCCGCCAGCACCCGCUGUUAGCCCACUGCUGCUGGCCGCUCAGACUCUGGGCUCUGCGAGGAUGGCAAUGUCCAGGUUGAAGCGCCGGCUGCACAUCAGCUUGGACGACAACGUGCAAGUCAACACACGGAGACGGGAGGCGCUGCAGGCGUCCUUGGAGCAGCGCAUUUUAGAACUCGCGCCUCAAGUCAUGGCAGCAUGGACCUCGGCCAUGGAUGUGACGCGCCCUGCGCAACAGCAGGCCCCCGUACAGCGGGGGCCGUCACAAGGCGGCAUAUUUCCUCUGCGGGCCGGCGUGGAAGAGUUGGCGCCGUGUGCGAGUUCGCCGGCUCAGGAUCCGCCCUCCACACCGCCACCGCCGCGUCUACCUGAUUCGCCAGCGACCCAUGGGUCCCCAGGGAAGCAGGUGGAGGACAGAGAGGGCAUCUGGGACAGUGGUGAAGUGGACAGUAAGGCCAGGGAAGGCACAGGAGAAAGCGGCGGAACCGGCGGCGGCAGUGGUAAUGAGGCCGGCGGCAGCGGCCCCGAUCUCAUUGCUGUCGACGGCAGCGGCAGUCGGAGAGAAGUUCGCGACGCUGAGGGCGAUAGCUGCAGCGGUGGCGUUAUUAGCGGUGGUAAGGAGGGCGGAGACGGAUCCAGGCAGCGACGGGGCGACGGAGGCAAUGGCACAAGCGGCCGCAGCCAUGCGGGUAACUGCCGUACCAGCGGCGGCGUCGCUUCCUUCCGCGGGCCACAAACACCGUGUCCUCAAUGGUCCGCAGAGCAGCAGGACAUUGCAGCCGCGGCCUCUCGCCUCCUCGUGGCAAGCGUCGGCCUUUAUAAGGACCAUCGGAAAGUUGAUAAAAAUGGUCCAGGCACCCGGGCUAGCAGUAGAAGAAGCAACAGCCGAAGCAGCCCCGUUCGCAACGCCGCCGCUGCAACCGGCGCCGCCAGCACAGGCCGCAGCUAUCCCGGCAGCCAUCCUGGCCACUCAGCGGACGCUGACGGCGGCUGUAGCAGCGUGCUGACGCCGUUGCAGACCGCCGCGACGCAGCUGCUACCCGCCAUGAGGCCCAAGGACGCCGUCGCGACGUUGGAAGUGCUGCGGCGGGUGAAGCUGCCGCCGUCGGCGGUACCGCCCCUGGAGCUGCACGCCGCCGGGCAGGGCCUUAUCCGCGGUGUCGCGGAGCUGUCCGACUCGGAGCUGCUGACGGCGGUAGCGGUGACGGCGUGGGUGGUGGCGGAGCACAGGCCGCCGUACGGCCGCAUGGCCGACGGCCAGCGGCCGGUGCCGCCGGUGCAGGGCGCAUGCUGGCCGUGGUACUGCCGCUCCACCGCUGCAGCCGCUGUACGAUCGCCGCCAUCGCCGCGGGGGCUUCAGGGUCCGCCGGUGGACGUGGUUACCGCCUUGGGCGAUGAGCUCGUGGCGCGGGAGCGGUUGCGCAGAACGGCGGCCGCCGCCGCCGCUGCAGCAGCGACCGGCGCCGCUGCCGCAACAACUGCGGGUCGAGGCGGCAUGGAUGAGGCGACAGUGGAAUCUGCUGCCUCGACGCCGCUGGGGACGGCUGCAGCGGCCGCAACUCCGGACGGCGGCCGCAACUUCGGAAGGGUGCCGACGACGACGACGACGGCGGAAGCGGCGGUUACGCGGCUCGAGGUUGAGGGCGUUGAGGACGUUGACGAGGCGACCUCUUUAUCACCAGCACGGGCGGGUGAAUGUCUCCCAGCCGCCGCCGGCGCUGCCGCCGCCAACCCCAUGUUGACUGCGCUACGCAUGCUUCACAGGGGUGGUAUCACCCACCCGCGUCUAGCACUGGCGGUGCUGGGAGUUCUUCCGGACCGAGACCGCUACGGAGGCGGUGGUGAUAGCGGUGCGGAGGCCGAGCAUGGAGCACCAGCGGCAGCGGCGCCCGUGGCAGGCACUUCCCUGCCGGCGCUGCUUGCCGUACGGGAGAUGUUGUCGGAGGGGAUGCUGAGCCCGGAGCAAGUGGUGGAGUUGGUUCAGGUAGCGGCGAAGCAUAUUCCCCUCCCGCCGUCGCCGCCGCCGCCGUUACCGCCGCCCACGCCGCCGUCGCCAGGGCGGGUGCAAAUUUCUCCGCCGCAAGCAGCGGCGGCGGCGGCGGCAGUGGCGCGCGCGCCGGUGCGCCAGGUCUCGCGUGGCCAAGCCACAGAGGGCGCUACCACUGACGGGCGCGCUGUCGCCGCCGGGGCGGCGACGGCAACGACGGCAACGACGGCGAAGGCCGUUGAUCUCGUGCUUUUCCUUCGGAGCUGGCUUCUGGACGUGUUUCGGGACUCGGGUGGCACGGAGCCUCCGCCGCUUGCGCUUUCCAUCAAGGCGCUCCAGGAGGUCAGCGCCAGGCCGCUCACUGCUGAGAGCCUCCGGGUCUUGGGCCCCGAAACCACGGUGGAGUACCAGGUACGACUGGUCAACGCCGUACGUAACGGUUUGAUGAGGGAGUUACGUGGGGUUGAGCAGCAGCAUGUGGGCUACGUCGGCAAGGCCAGGUCCGGAGCUGCCGAGGAUGAUGCCGUACAGGAAGCGGAGGGCAGUAGCAGGGCCGUGGGAAGCGGUGAUGGCGGCCGCGGCGGCGGCGUUGAUGCCGCCGCUGCCGGCUGCAGCAAUCUCAGCAACGGCACCAGGGAUGGGGUCGUGUGGGAUGGGCGCUAUCGCAGGACGCUGCAGUCUACGGUAGCGGUGAUGGAGUCAGCCGUUGACCUCAUCAAGCUGAGCAGAGAGCACACCGCGGCCGCGGCAACGCUGAUGGCAACCGCCGCCGCGGCUGUAGAGGACCUGCUGCCGUACGCUCCCGCAGCGGCGGCGGCACCGGGUGAGCUGACCAGCCAGCGGGCGGCGGCUCUGGCAGCACGCCUUGUCGUGGCACGGCGGUCGUACGCAGCCGCGCUGGGAGACGCUGACAGCGGAGCCGAGGCGGCUGCGCAUCCGCCGCCGCCGCCGCUGCCGUACGGUGCGGCGGUGUCGCCGGCGGCUGUCCUGGAUCAGCUGUCCCAGGUUUCCCGCUCCGCCGUACGUUUCCUGCUGCUUCCCAUGGAUGACGCCGUGUUUCUCUCUGAGCUGGAACGCCAUCCGGAGCUGUUGUGGGCUAGUGGAGAUGAGGCUCUGCCAGUACGGCAGGCGCUGCCGCCGCCACCUCGGCCGCAGGGCUUGCCGGCGGCGGUGGAGCCGGCGGCAGCGGGGAUGGAGGAGAUAAAGCUGUUCUCGCCUCCACAGCAGCCCUGUGAAGGGAAAGGAGGGCUCGGUCUCAGCUUAGCGGAGACCAGCUCCGGAACCGGGGCCUCAGCCGCCGCCAGCACCGCCGCCGAUGACGGGUUUGAGCUGUUGCAAUCCGCCUACCGGACGGCAAGCGGCAACGGACGUUCGGAAGUGGCGGUAGAGGAGCCGGCGGCGGGGGCGGGGGCGGGGGCGGAGGCGGAGGCAGCGGCUUCGCCGCCGCAACCGCUACGGCGGCCAUCUUCCGCCGGCGGCCCCGGCGAUGCCUCCCCCGCCUCGCAGCCCGCCGCCGACGAUGCAUUGUGGCGUACCCCUGCUUUGCCUCUGUCUACCUCCCCGCAUCUGCUGGGCCGCCUGCCGCGGAUACGGCUGCUGGCGGCUCAUGAGCCCUUCCUGGCGGGCAGUCUGAGGGAGCCCUCCCUGCCGCCGUGGAGGGUGGCGGACGGGCUGCUGCGUGCGGCGGCGCAGUCCGUACCCACCGUACGAUUGGAGCUGCUGGAGGGCCUGCAAGAGAGGAUUUUGCUGCUGCCGUCUUCGGAGCUGAUGACGCUCAUAGCCCGGUGCGGGGAGCUGCACCUGCUGCCGCCCCUGACCCUGGCGGCCAUGACGAACAGAUUGCGGGUUCACUACCGGGGUGCCCCCAAGUCUUAUCGGGACGCAGCGUCCUGCGCCGGGCCAUCAGAGGCGGCAACGGCGGCUGCAGAUGAGGACCUGGACGCUGACGUCGACAUCCACGCCGCCGCGUCCGCCUCCCUCCCCUCUUACACCGCCGGUGGCGCUGCUCUUGCCGCUGGUGGCUGUGGCGGCAGUGGCGACGGCGCUGUCGCUGGCCAUGCCACACGCGUGCUGGCUCCGCCUCCGUCGCCUCCGUCGUCUCCGUCGUCGUCGUCAUCGUCGUACGGCCUUGAGGACACGCCUCCGCCGGUUAGCGUCGCCAUGUCGGGCCUUGUAGAUGCCAUUCGUCGGCGGAUGCUGAGCUCCAGCGGCGUUGGCGCAGCCGCUUCCGCUGCCCCCGCCUCCGUCGGCAGCGUUGCCGACCAGAUAAGCUCCAGCUCCGGCUCUUCUUCCGUACUGCGCUGGGAUCGUCGCACCAUAAUUAGCAGCGACCCGCCGCAGAUGGCGUUGGGGCUGGCGCACGCGCUGGCUGCGGCGCUGGCGGUGGGAUCAGUCAACGUCGCCACGUCAACACCGUCUAAUCCGUCUUCUUCUCCUUCGCCGCCGUCAACCUCGCCAUCGCCGCCAUCAUCAUCGUCAUCAUCGUCGCUGUCCGCGCCUAAUUUUGAUAGCUCCGACGCGGCCGCAACGCCAGCUGCCGCCGUACCGGCGCCUAGUAGCCACGGCCGCUGCGCUGACGGCAGCCGGUGGCGGCGCCAGCUGCUGAUGGAUGCCGUACAGGUGCUGGGGCUGCUGCAGCACGAUCGUCUCAGCGCCUCCCUGCCAGGCGAAGGCGUCGCUGGCGGCGUCGCCGGCGGCGGCGGCACUGCUGUGGAGGCGGCGGCGGAUAUCCGUAACCGUCGGUCAGCUCUGUGGGAGUUGCUGAUGCCGCCGCUGAUCCGCGCCUGCGACUCCCGAGACCUGACGCUGGAAGACAAGUUAUUGGUGCUGGAGGGCCUUACGGGUGCACCUCGCGGCGACAGCGGUGGAGCUGCCGCCGCCGCCGCCCCCGCAGCUACGCAUCGGCAGCUGGCGGAGCAACUGAUUGACUCCAUAUCCUCAUGGCUGAUACGGCAGGCACCAGCGGCACAGCCGCCUGACGCCGCCGGCGCUGCAGGCAGUGGCAGGGCAGGGGGGGAUGGGACUGGUCGGCCAAGUCCAGCUGCUAUGCCAGCGGAGGCUGUGGAAAUAUACAGCCGGACCGUCGCCGCCAUGCGGGGUCUGUCGUACAGCUCCCACCCAGCGCUGGCGCAGCUGGCGGCCGUAUUCACGCCCUGGCUGGAACGCAAGCAGCUGCAAGACCUCCUAGCCGCGGCGCUGCGGCUGGAGGAGCUGCGACGUCACGCCGCCGCCGCCGCAGGCGGCGGCGGCGUCGCAGGCCCGAAUGCAUCGACGGCGGAGGCGGCGGAGGCCGAGGCGGCGGCAGCAGCAGUGGAGGCGGCGGCGGUCAAGGAGCGGCUUUUGCGCGCGCUGCAGCGGGCGGCGCCGGAUCAGAGGCUGACGACGUUCUGCCACCUGGCCCAGAGCGGGGCUGUGGGAGAUGGCGCUCUGGUGGAGGCCGUGGUGGACCUGCUGCUGCAGGACAUCGCGGCUUUUCUGCCCUGGGAGCAUGUAAGGCUUCUCAAGGCCGUAGCUAUGCUGGCAAGCAGCGGUUGUUCCGCCACCGCCGCCGCCGCCGCGCCGGCCGCCUCCGUGGCCGCUGUCGCCUCAGCGGCGCGCGGUCAGUCUGUCGCGGAGCUUGUGGCACGCAUCGCGGCGCGGCUCAAAUCGCGCACUGACGACUACAGCAAUCAGCAGCUUGCAACCGUGCUGCCGCUACUGGAGCGACUGACCGCCGUCGGCUGUAGCGUGGACCGGGCUGUAGUACCUGCGCUGCAGCGCAGCCUGCUGCAGCGAUUGGCGCAGCCGUCGUGUGGUCUUCCUGAGGCGGCGGCGGUGCUGCAGCGCCUGGCGGCAGCGGCAGCGGCGGCAGUGCCGUCGCGUGCUGGCGUUUCGUACGCGGACGCGGCGACGCCUGCGGAUCGAGAGGUGGACGGCCUGAUCCGGCUGCUGCACGCCAUCGCAGAUGCCGUGCUCCGGGCGCCAAUGGAGGGCUGCGUCGACGGAGACGCCAGCGGCGGGUACGGCAGCCACACAGGCCAGGCACGGGCCGGCGCCGUCGGCUUGCGUAACCUGGCAGAGCAGCACCUGGAGCGGCAGCAGCAGCAGCAGCAGCAAGUGGCUCACGGGCGCCAGCUGCUGCGGCUGCCGGAGCUGCAGGAGGUCCUAACAGAUCUGCAGCGCCAGAGCGCUGCUGCCGCCGUGGCGGCAGCAGCGGCUGGUGAUGCGGCAGCGGCAGCGGCCGCCAAGGCAGCCGCCGCCGCCGCCAACCAGGCUGCAGCCCGGGAGGCCCUUCGGGAGGCUAUCACUGAGGCGGCCAGGGCGGGACGUAGGGCAGCUAAGAAACGGGCCGCCGUGGAAAUGAUGCGUGCCGGUGCCAGUGUGGGGCCAGGUGUGGUGUCGAGUACGGCUCGGCGGCAUGGAGUUGUGGCUGGAGGAAGGUCCGAGUAUGGAUGGCAUGAAAUGACGCCCGAGGUAAAGGUUGCCAUUGAGGAGAUGAACGCUGAAGUGGCAGAAGCAAAGGCGCGAGCGGCGGUGGCAAGUGCGAGGGCGUUCGCGGCAUCGACAGCGGAUGCUGCUGUGCGCAGUGCAGAGGCGGCGAAAGCUGCAGCGGCGGAGGCGGCGGAGGCGGCGGCCGCGACGGCUGCAGCUGCAGCGGCGGCGGAGGCCGAGGCAGCGGAGCAGGUGGCGAAGGCGAGGCGGGUGGAAGCGGAGCAGGCGGCAGCGGUGGCCGCGGCAGUUUCGAUGCAGCGGUUUUGGCUCCGAACCCUCGAUGUGAUGUUGGGCGUUGACGCUUUGCCCCUGGACGUGUUGGCAAUGUGUGGCGAGCUGUUGGAGGAUCUGUUACUUGAUGAGUCCGGAGGGAUAGCGGAACGCGAAGACGAAGCAGGAGAGCAAAGGGAGAGGGAGGAGCAGGAGGGGGAGGGGGAGGGGGAGGGGGAGGCGGAAACUUUGGAGGACAUCGACUGGGGCUAG